CUUAGCAACCAUCUUGGCGACCAAGAAGCUUUGUAAUAGGUUGCUACUUAGCUAGCUAGUUCGGAAGCUAGUGCCGCUUUAAUGUCUACCGUUCGGUAGUCAUGAUAAUUUCUGUAUAUUUUUGUUGAUAACACGGUAAUGUAUAAGUGUGUAGGAAUAGCUGUUUACAGCGAUCGUUCUGUUUUGUUCUGAGCAUGGGAUACUUGGCUGUGUUUCCUGUCAUGGAUAGAAAGAGAGCACUUUGCCAUGGCUCGACUGGCAAGCUGAUUAAUCAGCGCAUUAUUGAAGAUCACAUGAUCUCUCAUUACAAAAAGCUGUACUCAGCAAAAGCUGCAGUGGACUGUUCAGUACCCAAAAGUAUGCGUUGUAAUGUAAAAUAUAUUGACCAAAAGCGCAGUGAACAGAUAAAAAAAGAUGCCUCUGGGAGGACACAAUCAGCAAGGUCCCUUUCACAGAAGAGCCUUAGGUUGGAUAAUAUUACCUCUUGCUCAACCAGAAAUGCCAGACCUUCUGCCCGAGGUGCUGAGAGUACCCAUUUUAACUCCGGUGGCUCUGUCAUGUCUUCCCCCAGGUUCAGUACUUCAUUCCAUUGUAAGCAAAUUGUAUAUCCUUCCCAAAUGGGCACACAGUCUCAAAACUGUCGGCCAUUUUCAGACUUGAGUUACAGAAGCCCAAAAUCUCAAAUGCACCACUUUACUCUUUCAUGUGGCACAUCUUCAUGUCAGGAGAAGUUUAAAAAUUUUCAGGACCCUAUACAGAAAACCUACAGUGGUGACAUUCUUCAUAAACAUGCCUACCGCUUCACAGAAGAAAAGCCUUUUACCCCCAGAACUCUGAAAACAGAUUCCAAGUCCACUCUCUCAACCUAUCGGUAUUACACGCCUGCAAGUAAAAAACGAGCUGAAGAAAAGACACAGUUGAAAUAUAAUCAACCAGACAAUCACCACAGAAGCAGCAAGCAAAGAUCUGCAACAGCACAGGAUUCGCCUGAGCCAUGCAGUGUAUACCAUGAGUGUUCUGAUGAAGAGCCAAAUAUAUUUGGACAUUAUGGCAGUGAAAAUAAAUUCACAACCAGAGAUUAUUUUCUUAGCUCCUCAAGGGUAUCACCAGAUGGAAUGCGCUCCCCAAUUAUGAGAAAAGUGACAGCAGAAGAGGAAGAAUUAAUGUACCUGGAGUUUAUGACUGAUGUUACAAAUGAGAUCAUACUUCGGGGCAUCUAUUCAGACAGAGUACUGCAACGCGUGUUUGAGCGUCACAUUGACAUAAAUAAACAUCGGUUAGCUGAACACAAAAUGCGCCACCUUCUGGAAGCAUUGCAGAAUGAUUUGAAAAAGCCCCCUUUUUCUUCCGUCACUGUUGUUGAGAACAAGGAAAGUUCAUUAUUACACAGACACAAGGACUCAAUUCUUCAGCAAAAGUUGGGAAAUUUUACAACAGAACAUAACAGCUUUCUCUCAUCUACACCUAUUAGGGAUAAGGACACAUGGGAACCUGAUAAUGUCAUUCCUACAUUAGAUACCACCCCUGUAAAUUACAGAAUUUCAGAGAACACAAAAUCAGUUAGACAAGAAGAUAAAAAGGACCUAAUGGACCUGGAGCUAGAUCAUAAAGAAGGACAUGCAAUAUCUUUGGAUUUAGAAAACCAUCAGAUCAACGAAGAAGACUGUCAUCAGAUCUGUGCUGAUAAUUUACUUGAUGAACUUAGCAGAAACAUGGCCGAGUCCCUAAAUGUGUCUGAUAUUCACAGCUCAGAAGAGGUCACUGAACAAGAGUCAUUUGUGAAACUUAGUGAUGAUGAGUUUUGACAUACUGUAUAUCUAUUCCGUUUAAGUAUUCAGUUUACUUUCUUACUUUCAGUAUUUACAAUAAAGACACAUUGUUUAUUUCUGUAAUCAAAGUUUUUUGGACUCAAUUGAAUUUUUGAUUAUUUUACAGUUUACAGUGGAAAAAGCUGUCAGAACACAACCUCCUAUUGUAUGUAAAGCAACAACCAUGAAAAGAAGGGACUUAUUUUGCUACACAUAAAAUUUUGUGUUUUUUUCUUUUGUUGCAUGAAACACAAACCAAAUAGGUGUUUUAUAUAACAGCAAAGCACAAGGCUUAAUUAUACAAUAUAGCAGAAUUACUGGGGGGGUGUCAUUAAACGGGAAAUAGAAAUCAACUAUUUGUUACACUGUUAGAAGCAAAAAAUAACGAUUGGGCUUAGCCAGGGCUGCAGUAGGUCAUUCUUUUAUAUGUGAUAUUUCUUAAAGUCACUUUUAAAAUGUUGAACAGAUCAAGAACACAUUAGCUACCAUAAAGAGGAGUCAUGCAGCACAUAUUCUUUUUCUAGAAAAGUUUUUUCAAUGCAAAUGCAAUUACACAUCCAUUUAAUUACUUUUAUUAAUAAAUAGUAAUUAAAUCCAGUUUCUUACAACAAAAACAACAUAGCAGUUCCAAUUGCAAGAAGUCCUGGUUGUUUGUUUAAUGAUUUUCCUCGAUUAACUUGUGCAUGUCUAUGUGACUUCUAACUUCUUGGAUUUUCCUAAAAUCUAAAAACAUUUCAGACUGAAUUGAUUUUUCAGUCCAAUCUUGAGAAGGAUGUUUAUUGUUUGACUUACUUGGAAUUAUGACAAACUUGCUAACCACUAACCCAUGACCAUGAAGCUAAUUUACAGUUGCUGAUUAAAAAUGUUUAGAUCCUACCAGUCUGAUCGACACUGUUUUGUAGAAUUAAAUGGUGAAUCCUCUAGUUUAUUGCCAGUUAAUUAUGGGGUCCCUCAAGGAUCAGUUCUAGGACCUCUGCUUUUCUCGAUAUACAUGCUUCCAUUAGGGAACAUCAUUAGAAGACAUGGGAUUGGUUUUCACUGUUAUGCUGAUGAGAGGUCUUCACGUGUCCACUUGCUUUCCUUUACUUAUGAUUUGUCUCACACUUUCUCUUCUUGUCUUCUUAAAAAUGUACCACAGCCAUGUGAUAACAACUUGUAAAGAGGCCAUUUUGAAUACCCAAAAUCCAUUGCUGCACAGAAUUCUGGGUUCUGAGUUCAUAUGAAGUUGAGGUGUGAACACCAAUCGGACUGAGGUCACGUUCGGCUAGUUUCUUUUCUGGUUCACUUUAAGUGAACUGGGUUUGGUUCUUUUAAAACGAACUAUAUGUGAAAACACCCUUAGAUCCGAAAACCCGAGGUCCGACCCGAGACCCGAGCGGGUUAGGGUCUAAAAGUUUCACGUGUACCUCGGAC